AUGCUCAUAAAAUUUCUCUUCCAGGUGAAACAGGCAACCAACCAAAUUGUGAUGAACUGUGCUGACAUUGACAUUAUUACAGCUUCCUAUGCGCCAGAAGGAGACGAAGAGGUACAUGCCACAGGGUUCAACUAUCAAAAUGAGGAUGAAAAGGUUACUCUCUCCUUUCCCAGUACUCUUCAGAAAGGGACAGGGACGCUAAAGAUAGACUUCGUAGGGGAGCUGAAUGAUAAAAUGAAAGGUUUUUACCGAAGUAAAUAUACCACCCCUACUGGAGACACACGCUAUGCUGCUGUCACUCAGUUUGAGGCUACUGAUGCUCGCAGAGCUUUCCCUUGCUGGGAUGAGCCUGCUAUUAAGGCAACAUUUGAUAUUUCUUUGGUGGUUCCUAAAGACAGAGUAGCUUUGUCAAAUAUGAAUGUCAUUGACCGGAAACCAUACCCAGACGAUGAAAAUCUGGUGGAAGUGAAGUUUGCUCGCACCCCUGUAAUGUCGACGUAUCUUGUAGCGUUUGUGGUGGGAGAAUAUGACUUCGUAGAGGCCAGGUCCCUUGAUGGUGUCUUAGUGCGUGUUUACACUCCUGUGGGCAAAGCGGAACAAGGAAAGUUUGCAUUAGAGGUUGCUGCUAAAACUCUGCCUUUUUAUAAGGACUACUUCAAUGUUCCUUACCCUCUUCCUAAAAUUGAUCUCAUAGCUAUUGCAGACUUUGCUGCUGGUGCCAUGGAGAACUGGGGCCUUGUUACUUAUAGGGAGACUGCAUUGCUCAUUGACCCCAAAAAUUCCUGUUCUUCAUCUCGCCAGUGGGUUGCUCUGGUUGUAGGACAUGAACUUGCUCAUCAGUGGUUUGGAAACCUUGUGACCAUGGAAUGGUGGACCCAUCUCUGGCUGAAUGAAGGAUUUGCCUCCUGGAUUGAGUACCUAUGUGUAGAUCACUGUUUCCCAGAGUACGAUAUCUGGACUCAGUUUGUUUCUGCUGAUUACACACGAGCUCAAGAGCUUGAUGCUUUAGACAACAGUCAUCCUAUUGAAGUUAGCGUUGGCCAUCCAUCUGAAGUAGAUGAAAUAUUUGAUGCUAUUUCUUACAGCAAGGGAGCAUCUGUAAUCCGAAUGCUACAUGACUACAUUGGUGAUGAGGACUUUCGGAAAGGAAUGAAUUUAUAUUUAACGAAGUUCCAGCAGAAGAAUGCUGCUACAGAGGACCUCUGGGAAAGCCUGGAAAAAGCUAGUGGUAAACCUAUUGCUGCUGUGAUGAACACAUGGACCAAACAAAUGGGAUUUCCACUCAUUUAUGUGGAAGCUGAACAGCAAGAAGAUGACAAAGUGUUGAAGUUAGUCCAGAAGAAAUUCUGUGCCAGUGGACCAUAUACUGGGGAGGAUUUCCCCAUGUGGAUGGUCCCCAUAAGUAUUUGUACAAGUGAUGACCCCACCUGUGCCAAAAUGCAAAUAUUGAUGGACAAACCAGAGCUCACCUUGGUUUUGAAAGACAUCAGACCAGACCAGUGGGUGAAGUUAAACCUUGGAACAGUAGGGUUUUACCGUACUCAGUAUAGCCCUGACAUGCUGGAGAGUUUAAUACCAGCCAUCAAAGACCUCUCCCUACCCCCCGUGGACAGGCUUGGCCUGCAGAAUGAUCUUUUCUCUCUGGCCCGAGCUGGAAUCAUUAGCACUGUAGAGGUUCUAAAAGUCAUGGAAGCUUUUGUGAAUGAGCCCAAUUAUACUGUGUGGAGCGACCUCAGCUGUAACCUGGGGAUCCUCUCAACUCUCUUGUCCCACACAGACUUCUAUGAGGAAAUCCAGGUGUUCGUGAAAGAUGUCUUUUCACCAAUAGGGGAGAGACUGGGAUGGGACCCCAAACCUGGAGAGGGUCAUCUAGACGCCCUUCUGAGAGGUCUGGUCUUGGGCAAACUAGGAAAAGCUGGGCACAAGGCAACGUUAGAAGAAGCCCGACGCCGAUUUAAGGACCAUGUGGAAGGAAAACAUGUGCUGUCAGCUGAUCUGAGGAGUCCUGUAUAUGUAACUAUUUUGAAGCAUGGAGAUAGUACUACUUUAGACACUAUGCUGAAGCUUCACAAGCAAGCGGACAUGCAGGAGGAGAAGAACCGAAUUGAACGAGUUCUUGGAGCCAUCUCUCAACCAGAAUUGAUUCAAAAAGUUCUCACCUUUGCACUUUCGGAAGAGGUACGUCCCCAGGACACGGUAUCUGUUAUUGGCGGAGUAGCUGGAGGCAGCAAGCAGGGGAGGAAAGCUGCUUGGAAAUUUGUAAGGGACAACUGGGAGGAACUUUAUAAUCGAUACCAAGGUGGAUUCUUAAUAUCCAGACUAAUAAAGCUAACAGUGGAUGGAUUUGCAAAUGAUAAAAUGGCUGCAGAAGUUAAGGCCUUCUUUGAGAGUCACCCAGCUCCAUCGGCAGAACGCACUGUCCAGCAGUGCUGUGAAAAUAUUCUGCUGAAUGCAGCUUGGCUGAAGCGGGACGCCGAGAACAUCCACCAAUAUUUUCUGCAGCGCAAGGCCCCACCAGCCAUGGUGUGAAUCUGUGCAUGCCACUGCUGCAGUCCUGCUGCCGCCUCAUGGGGAGAGGGAGGAGCUACCCAACAGCUGAUUCAUAUGCCAAGAAUUUGGAGUCUUUUUCUCAAACCAAUGGGGAUUGGACAAUGAAUGUAGUUAACUGGUUCCUGCUCACACUCCAGAUUUAAAUUCUAUUAAAAUUAUCAGCAAUUCAGCAAAAAAAAAAAAGAGAGAAAAAUCUGUAAAUAUGAUAGUAAUAAAAUAGAGCAUAACAAAACUGUGAAACUUCCUCAAGCCUUGUCAGUGGUUAAAAUAUUUAACACCCCCCUCCUGACACUCUUAUUGACA